AUGAAGGGAGAGUGGGUUGGGCUUGGCCCGACCUACGUAAGGCUGGACUAUGCUGAUCCUAGCUUACUCCGGCCUCGGAGAAGAAGAUGGGAUGCUAGGGCCGGUCUAGUUGGCUUGGCCCGAUGGGUUGAAGGCUCACCGAUCCCAACGGGCCUAAUGCACGCAUGGGCAAUGAGGGGAUCAAGUUUUGACAUGCUGGACAUGUAUGUAAUUUAUCCACAUCGAGAAGAUGCUGGUUGUUGGGCAGCAUGCAGAAGCUGGUCUUUCUAUCUUACUGACUUCAAUUCUUCGACAAAUUGGUUCCUUUUAAUGAUCAACCGGUCAGCAGACAG